AUGAUCAUCAUCCAAGCAACAACAACCAGACCACAUCCCAUUCACCGCGGUGCUUUACCUCUCACAAACCGUGAUCAGCCCUCCAGCCGUAAUCAAGUCCCAGACCAAAUCCCAAGAAACCAGGGAUCAAGAACCCACGCACCCCCAGCCACGCCACAACCAGCAACACCCGCGUCUUCCAGUAUCCACCCAACCGCCCCCUCAAUUCCCGCACCCCUCUUCGCAGCAGAUCUCAGUCAAAAAAAGUACGGAAAAGGGGAGCACCCUCGUCCCAUACUUUCAAUGGCAGUAUUCCCUCGAUCCUAUCCGCCGCAGCCAUUGGCUCCUACCGUCCUCACGGAAGCGAAGUGGACACAGGAGCCCCAAAUUGCGGCGGACACCGAACCGUUUCUCAGGUCCUGA